AUGGAGGAUGCUCAAUCGUUUCGCUUGAUCGAAACCAUGGAUACCAUGGAAAUCACUCUCAACCAUGUUGACGGACAGAACAUCGUUUAUUGGGAGGACAUUGAGAAAGUCUUUCCUGGAGUUAAGCGCGUUAGCAAUGGCUAUUCGGUGACCAAGUUUCUUCGGGGUUCCGAUCAACAAGGCAGCGACCAUUGUUCUCGAUUGGUCCUGGACGUUGUCUUGUCUACCUCUGUCCAACCUGUUCUUCCCAACCCUGCUAAGUAUGAUCCAGUUGGUGGUGAAACUAAUGCUCCAGCCGGUGCUCCACCUACCGUCAAUGCUGCUUCCAAGGCGACAUUGUUCCAGCAGAUUGUGACACGGGCGUCUAGGAAGGCACGCAAAUCUGAGGUCGAGCAGCGAUUUAUCUCCCUUUUGGACCCUGAACUCCAACAAACAAUUCGAGCCUCGUCGGACAUCUACCAGGCGUUUGCCAAGGCUAUCAAGCACGGCAACGGGGAGCUUAGUCGAGCAGAACUUAGGCAAGAACUGGGUGGGCACUUUCAGAAGCUGGAGGCUAUGGUGGUCAAGAACUCAGAGUUGCAGGAAGCAAUGCUUGCCAAGCAGGAGGAAGUGAAGCAGCUGCAGGAGCAAGUCCUCAGCAACCAAGAAGAGAUGAAGCAACUGCAUCGGCGAGCUCUUGAUCAGUUAGCCGUGCUCCAGUCUCGUGUCCAAGCUGUCCUGACUCAGACCUACGAACUCCACGAGUACCCGAUCCCUCGUCUUUUCGUUGUCCUUCCUCAAGACCCUUUAGGUUGGGAUGCGGUAAAUCCCUUCUCGAACAAGUUCCGUCUCUACUUUUUAUGCGAGUGCGGAGAGCACACCAAGUCGAUCAACUGCAAGGCCGAGAUCUCUCAUGAUAUCCACUUUGCUAAGCAUGAGGGCUACGAGAUCGCUCGACCUUCAGAGUUCUUUCAGCAAUACGGCCCCUAUGUCCUCACUAUCCUCAAGAUGCUCAAGUUCGGUGACCCCAUUGAUCAAGCCACCGCCGGUCUACAACAGUUGAGGGACAACAUUGAGCCUGGAAUGGAUCAUGUCAUAGGCUGGAUGGACAAGGUCUCUGUGAACGAAGGCGAGGCUGUUGGCGAGUUUUCUAAGCAGAUGGAAAAGAAGGAGGCAUUGGAAGGCGCCGAUCUACGCAAGCUAGACACCUUUCUGAAGGACAAGGACGGCAAUAAUGUGUUGGGGAACCUGUACAGGACCGUUACGGACGAGGGACAUGUAAAAUGGGUUUGCAUUGACCACUACCGCAUGAACUAUCUAGAAAACUCGGCCAAGGAGUUCCUGCGCGUUUUAGGUUCCGUCGGAGGAUCGUUUAGUGAAAACAUCGGUAGGGUUGACGUGAGACUCCAGUCGAGAGCAUUGGCAGAGCAUUUCUUUUCGGCACUGGAAAAGGCGAGAUCUGUUCACGACCUCGAUAUCGGCUUGCACUGGGCCUGCACUACAAGUGAUCUUGAAGCACUGGAGGACGCACUCAAGAAAUCAAGAGUAUCAAUUCUUCGACUGGAUCUUCAACAAUUUCGGACGAACGUCGUUAGGAAACUACUAUCGACAUCCACACCAUAUGACGUCAUUCUCCGCAUCAGAGAUCUUCCUAAUAUGAAAGUACUUCAUAUUCUUCUUUCAAAGGAGCUCGUCAACUUUCUUGGAUUUCCACUCAAAAAAUCAACUCAUAUCUGUAAGAUGUCCUGCGAGCUGGCAUCUACAUUGAUUGGAGAAAGGGAGUUUGGAAUACUAGCUGAUGCACUCAAGACCAACACGAUUUUGACCAUUUUGGACUUGAAGAACUCGAUCGGAUUCGAUGGAGCCAAGGCGCUGGCUGACGCACUCAAGACCAACUCGGCCGUUACCCUUAAACCCUCUUGA